AUGCAAAAGCAGUUUGUCUCUCUGGUGUUUUUCAGAAGCUCACACACACCACUAGCAGGGAGAAGUGCAGGGCAGCUACAGCAGAGCACUUGGGCCAGUUACUCAUUUUGUCUCAACCAGGCUCUGCCACCCCUAGAGCUUGCCAAGAUGUGUGACAUGGGGGGGCUUGACAACCUGAUUGCCAACACAGCCUAUCUGCAGGCAAGGAAGAGUGGAGAUGGAGACACCAAGGAGAUGCAAAAGAGACGUAAGAGCCUCUCACUGCCCAGGAUUGAUCAAUGCAAAGAGGUUAGAGAGUCCGUUGUUGCUGACUAUGACAGCAUCUGUGAGCAGCAGCCCAUUGGCAAGAAAUUCUUCAGAGACUUCUUAGAGACAGUGCCAGAAUAUUUGGUAGCUAGGAACUUCCUGGAUGAGGUGUCAAACUGGGAGUUGGCAGAGGACAGUGUCAAGACCACUACCAUGGAGAACAUGAUCACCAGUUUUCUUAAGGCAGACUCCAAAAACUAUCUGUCUUUCCUGAGCUCUGACUUGUCCAGCAAGUGCCAGGAAGCUACUGCGGCAGACUAUGAGAAUGUCAUGCAGCUGGCCAAGGAGGAAACCAUACUCUUUCUGAAAGACAAGCCCUUCCAGGACUUCCAGACCAGCCCUUUCUUUGACAAAUUCCUCCAAUGGAAAGUUUUUGAGAAGCAGCCAAUAACUGAGAAAUACUUCUAUGAGUACCGAGUGCUGGGCAAAGGUGGCUUUGGAGAGGUUUGUGCUAUCCAGGUGAAAAAUACUGGCAAGAUGUAUGCCUGCAAGAAACUGGAUAAGAAAAGGUUGAAAAAGAAAGGUGGAGAGAAGAUGGCACUGCUGGAGAAAGAGAUCCUGGAGAAAGUCAACAGCCCUUUCAUAGUCACACUAGCUUAUGCCUAUGAGAACAAAAGCCAUUUGUGUCUUGUCAUGACCAUCAUGAAUGGAGGGGAUCUGAAGUAUCACAUCUACAAUGUGGGAGAAAGAGGUUUGGAAUUGAACAGGGUCAUCUAUUACUCAGCUCAGAUCACCUGUGGGAUUCUGCAUCUCCAUUCCAUGAAGAUUGUGUACCGGGACAUGAAACCAGAAAAUGUCCUCCUGGAUGAUCAUGGUAAUUGCAGACUGUCAGAUCUUGGAUUGGCAGUGCGAGUCAAAGAGGGAAAAAGCAUCACUCAGAGGGCUGGGACAAAUGGUUAUAUGGCUCCAGAAAUCCUGAAGGAAGAGGAAUACAGCUAUCCUGUGGACUGGUUUGCUAUGGGAUGUAGUAUUUAUGAGAUGAUUGCUGGGCGAACACCAUUCAAGGAUUUCAAAGAAAAGGUCAAUAAGGAUGAAGUCAAAAGAAGAACUCUGGAAGAUGAGGUGCAAUUUGAACAUGCCAACUUUACAGAGGAAGCAAAAGAUAUUUGCCGACUGUUUUUGGCCAAGAAAACAGAGGAUCGUUUAGGAAGCAGAAGUGAAGAUGAUGAUCCAAGAAAACAUUGUUUCUUCAAAACAAUAAAUUUCCACAGGCUAGAGGCAAACCUUGUUGACCCUCCAUUUGUGCCAGAUCCAUCAGUUGUCUAUGCCAGAGAUCUUGCAGACAUUGCUGACUUCUCUGAAGUACGAGGAAUUGAGUUUGAUGACAAAGAUAAGAAGUUCUUCAAAAAGUUUGCGACGGGUGCUGUCCCUAUAGCCUGGCAGGAAGAAAUUAUUGAAACAGGACUGUUUGAUGAACUGAAUGAUCCUAGCAGAGCAGAUUCUGGGGGAUAUGCAAAUGGAGGUGAAGCUAAGUCAGGAGUCUGUUUGUUGUUGUAAAUAUCACAUAAUUAACAAAAAGAGUAGAAACCACCUCAGAACUUUCCAUAUUCUGACACUGCUUCAGAAACUCCAUGCAUCUGUUUAAGAAGAACCAAUCGGUGUAAUGUGACAUUGACAGGCUAUGUAGGACCACCAGCUGUAUAGACUAUAUUGUUUUCCUUUGCUCUAACAAAUGAGAUAUUUUUGUUUUAUUGAAGAUUUAUCAAGAUGAAGAACCAUAUUUCUCUAAGAAACUUAGAAUGAUAGGAAUUCUGCAAUACAAAAAGUGAUAACAGAGUGAAGAGGCAACACCUUUUGAAAAUGACUGACUACCAUUUUGAAUACAUUCAUUUGUUGGUUUUCUU